UUAUAAGAGCCGAGAUCAAAAUUGAAUGAUCAGAAAGACGAGGAGAAGCUCACUAACACAAAAACCCUGAACGUAUAUGCUGCGCCUGCCGUGCGAGGAAGACUAUCUUGAUUCUGUUUCAGCAAGCGGGAGAUUUCUUGUGUGAAUUAUUCAGAUGCUGUAAGUUUGCAUUAAGAGAAACUACACUUAACAACUGGAGGACAAAGCCAGAAGAUGAGAUUCACUCUGAUGUUAGCCGUCCUUCUCUGCUUCGCCACAUGGAUGAGCAUGGUUUACGCAACUCAUGGACCGGUGUCCAACUGUUGUCUCCAGAGGUCUAACACUCUGUCAAAAGUUCCAUUUGAACAAAUUGUGGAUUACACCAAUCAGUCUGAAGGCGUCUGUCCAAUCAGAGCUGUAGUGUUUCAGACAAGGAGUGGGAAGAGGAUUUGCUCUGACCCUGACAGUGACUGGGCAAGAAAAGCCAUGCAGAAGGUGGACGAAAAGAGAGAAAAAAAAGCAUUGCAAAAGAAGGUACAGGAUGAAGAAGGAUCAGCGAGUGUCAUCACAUCAGCGGUGUCCAGUACAUCAAAAAAGGCACCACAGAAUAAACGCAGAAAUGGAAGGAGACGCCAGCGGAAUAAGUCCAGAGGAAUGAAGAAAUGGCAGAAAAAAGCUGCAUGAGGAAUCACAAGACAAGUCCAAGUUACCACAGACUGCUAACCUCACUCUUCUCAGUGUGACUGCACAAAAACUUGCUUAAAUAUUUUAUUGCAUCUAUUUUGACAUCAUAUGUCAACUAUAUCUUUUUGUUAUAAAAGUGUGUAUGUUGAUCAAAACCAUGUAUAUUUUGACCUUUUCCAGUUGCCAUUAAACUCAUCUUGAUUGAAUUUUGUGUUUUUGUAAUGAGAAAAUGUACUUUCACUAACAAAGACCAUGCCAUUUGUACUGUAAAGAGACCUCAGGAAAGAUUGGGUUAGGGUCACAUUUGGUGGGAUGAUUGGGGGUCGAUGAAAGGUUAUGACAGUGGGGGGUCGAGACUCAGGAUGGGAACAUGUCUCGAUGAGCUUUCUGCUUAAUCCUGUAUAGAGUCCAUUUUUCAGCCUAUUUACUACCAACAUGGGCCUCACAUAUAUAUUCUAGCUGGCUUGUUUGGCCCUUUUUGUAGUUUUUGAGACUCUUUGCAUCUUUUUGCAGUCUUUUUGUGUCUCUUUCUAGUGAUUUUAUGUUUCUUUGUGAUAAUUUUAGGACUCUCUUACUGGUUGGUAUGCAUUGCAGGUUGGGAUAAAAUGC